AAAAUCUGAAUUCUCAAGAAAUUUUAUUUGGUCAAUCGGGAUUUAUAUCUGAAUGGGAUAAAAAUUUUGAUAAAAUACUAAAACAAUUAAUAAAUAAAUAUAGCAACAAAAGUUUUGGAAUUGAAGAAAUUAAUGCCGAAAUACUUACUACCGUUGAGUCAGGAUGUCAAGUAAAUCCACCAAAUGUUGUUUAA